AUGUCGACCCAAGCUGCUCCGGCCGUCCCUCCUCGACCGGCUAGAUCUCCUCAGCCGUCGUCUUCUUUAGAAGCGCCCAACAUUCCUCCCCGUCCGAACAACCGCCGGGUCGAUCGUUCAGUUUCCCCCAUGCGUGACAGCUAUGCUCCCUCGCCGUUCAAUGAAUGGAGCGGUCCCGGGGUGGCUCGUACCAUUUCGAAUGAUCCGCCCCCGCGCCCUCCCAGCGUGACAAUCCCCUCGCUCGGUGAGGAGGGUAUCGAAUAUGCUGACCUCGACCCGGGUAAUAUGUCGGAUAGCCACCAUCAAUCCCCCGCGGAGACUCGCAACGUCAGCAGUGAUCUCAAGAUUCAUGCGCCGAGACCCUCGUUGCCGACCUCAAGUGCUAAAGCGAAAGUCCAGGCCGUCACCCGUACCGAUUCCCGGCAGGCCGCCGCCGCGGGAAUAGGUCACGAAGCCUCACCAGGUCGGGAUGAACAAGACCGCUCCAGCCGCUCGUUACAUUCCCGGACCAAUGGCUCGCGCGCGGAGUCGUCGACGGCCUCCAAUGAGCGCCGUCACUCCGCUCAGCUCGGAGACGAGCAGGGCUUCCGUGUGCCCAUGUAUCCCAAUGCCGGUGAUGUCCAGGCGCCAUCCCCGAGCCCUUAUCUCGAGCAAGGCUCGCAACGUCCGGGUCGCAACCACAAUCGCACACGCAGUCAUCGUGACUCUUCUUUGCCACCUGGAAGCUACGGUCUGCAUGGGCAUGGUGUCCCGCAUUCCGACAAGUUCGAGAAGGCUUGGUAUGAGAAGCACCCCGACGAGUUCGUCAAGGAGGAGGGACAGUAUGGUCCUGGUGUCGGCACCCCGCGUCCCGAUUGGGCAUUGAGCAGUGAUGACCUCAACAAGAUUGUUCGAAGCUCCGCCCAGACUGGUUCCGGUCUUGGUACUUCCCCAGCCGUGGUGGGCACUCCCGAAGAGGAGGUCGGAUAUAUGGCGUCUGAUGAGUACAUGCAUCGCAUGGCUUCUCCCCCGCCUGAUGCACCGCACGAAACUCAGCCGGCAGUUGAGUCACCACUUCGCCAUAUGAGCUUCCCUGCGGAAGCUGGCCAGAAACAACCGGAAGGAAGCCCGCUGCGUCAUCGCAGAUCGAGCUCAUAUGGUAACCAAGAGAGUGAUGUAAUCCACGUGGAUGAUCCCAAGCAUCAUUUGCAUCACCCGGAUGGAUUUGCCCCGACUCCGGCGAUGGAGGAGAGUGAGCCAACGUCCCAGGAGGCCGAGGAGGAAGAAGAACCGAUCCUGGCCGCUGAUGAAGUGCGUCCCGAGUCGGCAUAUCUGCAUCCUGCUAUCUCGCCAACAUUCGAUCACCGAGGAAGUUUCGAAGAUGAACGCCGCAGUCGGACUCCCAGUGCCUCGCAUAGCCGCUCCAACAGUCGAUCGGCUAGCGCGCAAGGCCAGCUCCCUGUGCUGACUCGCUAUGACUCCCGCGAGGAUAGCCAUACACCACUUGAAGACGUCGAGGAGUAUGAGCCGCUGUUCCCUGAAGACGAUGCCAAGAAAGAGGGCCCUCUAUCAGCUGCGGAUCGCUUCAAGAAGAGACCUGAUGCACUCAGACAUAGAUUCCCCAGCCAGGAUAUCUGGGAGGACACCCCGAACAGUCUGCAACUUCAUACCACAGUGACUACCCCGGAUCUGCCCAGGCAGGACUCUACCGAAACGUUUGAAACACCUGAACAGGAGGCCAACCGGAGAAUGCAAACCACCAAGGUUGACUCACAUCAAGUUGCUGCCCACAUCCUGGAAGGCGAGAGCUCCAAGGAGAAGCAUGUGCGCCCAGACACAUUCAAGCAGCGUUUCCCUAGUAGAGAUAUUUGGGAAGAUGCUCCGGAUAGUCAGCAGCUGGUAACCACGGUUGAACCUGCCAAGGAAGAAGUCAAAAGUCCAAACGUGCCUUCUCGGCCCAGUGUUCCUCCCCGCCCGCAGAAGCAGCCUCAGUCUACCUCGCCAAUUGAAAAGCGUCAGCCACCAUCAAUUCCAGAGAGACCGAAGCCUCAGGUUCCGGCACGUCCCGCCAAAUCCAUUUCCCAGGCCUCGACAGGCGCCGAAGAAGCUCCGCGAGAAACUCCUGCAGUGAAGGCCAAGCCUGCGGUUCCAGCUCGUCCCGGCGGGAACAAGAUUGCCGCUCUGAAGGCCGGAUUCUUGACCGAUCUGAACUCCCGCAUCGGAAUGGGUCCCCAACAGCCGAAGUCUCAGCCAAAGGAACCAGAGCCUGCAGCGGAAAAGCAACCUCUGAGUGACGCUCGUAAGGGUAGAGCCCGCGGCCCGGCCCGCCGAAAGCCCGCUGUGGAGCAGACCACCCCCAAACUCCCGACGAUCCCAGAGAUCAAGAUCUCAGAAGCAAUAAACGUCUGGCAGAUCGGACAUGAUGGCAGCCUAACAGUCGGCACAAGCGAAAAGGAAGAAACCCCCGCCGCAGUGCCAAAACCAGCCGUGCCAGCCGAACAACCAGUUGAGAUCCCGGCCACGCAAAGCACCAGUGAAGAACCAGAGCCAACCCAGGAACAUCCCACCGCAGACGUCGCAUCUUCACCGGGAACCACAAAACCAGUGCUAGACACAAUGCAGAUCUCAGCAGAAGCCCCAGAAGCGAUAGAAGCAUCGUCGGGAACAAAGAAGCCAAUCAUCGAGCCACCAACAAAGCAAUCAAUCCAUCCCACAUCCGAAGGCGGCUCCCCGAAAGAGGGUAAAGAAGAUGCAGAGCACAAGACUUCGGAAAUGACAGGCGCUGCCCAGGCGUUGGCUGAUUCCACUUCGGCUGCGCGCCAGCUGGAUGAUGCCCUCGAGACGCUUGCUGCGUCGGCGGAUGGAAAGAGGGAGUCGGAUGGUCAGGUUCAUGAUGAGGAGUAG